AUGUGCGGCCCCACCCGCCCCAGCACCGGCAACCUCAUCGCCAUCAUCUUCCCCUCCCCCGAAAAGUCCUCCUCCUACUCCCUGACCUUCAGCCACGACACGCGCACUCCCGACGGCCCGACGAGGGCGAUCUUCCGAUUCCCCGAUCCCAAGGUCCGGGAUAUCUUUGCCGCUGCCCGGGGGGUGGACUUGCGGAUCGAGAAAUAUGGGGAUUUGACCGCCUCUACGGGUGGGGGUGUUGAGCCGCCGUUGCAUUGGUUUCGGGUUGGGUUUGGUGGGACUCAGUCAUCACAGGAGCAGCAGCAGCAGCAGCAGGUGAUUGAGGUGGUGUUGCCGGAGAGGUUGGAGCUGGGGGUGUCGGGGACGGGGAUUGUUGGGCGCGAGGUGAGGGUGGCGGUGGAUGGGGUGGAUGCCAUGGUUGAGAUGGGGAGGGGGGUCGUUGGGUUUGAUUAA